CAGGUACAUUGCCAGUGCCAACACCACACCACCACCACAUCAGUCAUCAGAAGCACAGGCACGUAGUGGCUAUAUUCUCUUUUCAGGAUCGUUACCUCCCUAGAAACGGAUAUUGGAGAAGUCUUCUUAUUGUAACUGGUGAAAGAGGUUUUUUAAAAGAACAUUCAAGACAAGAACUAUGGAUUCUUCUAUGACUGGGAGUCAAGUUCGUAAAACCUUUAUUGACUUUUUCAUCAGUAAAGGCCAUAAAUAUGUUCAUUCAUCAUCAACCAUUCCUUUAGAUGAUCCAACUUUACUGUUUGCAAAUGCCGGUAUGAAUCAAUUCAAACCUAUAUUCUUGGGCACUAUAGAUCCAAAUUCGGAUAUGGCACAUUAUGUACGAGUAGUAAAUACUCAAAAAUGUAUUAGAGCUGGUGGUAAACAUAAUGACUUGGAUGAUGUUGGUAAGGAUGUUUACCAUCAUACUUUUUUUGAAAUGUUGGGUAAUUGGUCAUUUGGAGACUAUUUCAAGAAAGAAAUAUGUACUUGGGCCUGGGAACUUCUGACUGAAGUGUACAAAUUACCAGGAGAAAGGCUUUAUGUUACCUACUUUGGUGGAGAUUCAGCAUCUGGCCUUGAACCAGAUUUUGAGUGCAAAAAUAUUUGGCUAGCUUUAGGAGUACCAGAGUCUCAUAUUCUACCAGGUAGUAUGAAAGAUAACUUUUGGGAAAUGGGAGAAACUGGACCUUGCGGGCCAUGUUCAGAGUUACAUUAUGAUCGAAUUGGUGGUCGUGAAGCUGCACAUCUUGUUAACAUGGAUGACCCUGAUGUGCUAGAAAUUUGGAAUUUGGUAUUUAUUCAAUUCAACCGGGAAUCUGAUGGAUCUUUAAAACUCUUACCAAAAAAGCAUAUUGAUUGUGGCUUAGGAUUUGAAAGACUAGUUUCUGUCAUUCAAAAUAAAAGAGCUAAUUAUGAUACUGAUAUUUUCAUGCCAUUAUUUAAGGCCAUAGAGUUUGGCACUGGAGUUAGGCCUUAUUCUGCUAAAGUAGGUAAAGAAGACUUGGACGGUAUUGACAUGGCCUAUAGGGUUUUGGCUGAUCAUGCUAGAACAUUGACAAUUGCAUUAUCUGAUGGUGGCUAUCCCGACAAUACUGGUAGGGGUUAUGUACUCCGUAGAAUUUUAAGAAGAGGAGUGCGAUAUGCUUCUGAAAAACUUAAUGCCAAGCCUGGCUUCUUCGCUUCUUUGGUUCACACUGUGGUUGAAAUGUUGGGUGAUGUUUUUCCUGAAAUAAAAAAAGACCCAGAGUCAAUUAUCCAUAUUAUAAAUGAGGAGGAAGUACAGUUCUUAAAAACUCUAACACGUGGCAGAAACUUACUCUACAGAACAAUUGAAAAAUUAGACAAAUCUAAAAUUUUACCCGGUGACGUUGCAUGGCGUCUUUAUGACACAUACGGAUUUCCCAUUGAUCUAACACAGUUGAUGUGUGAAGAAAAAGGUCUUUCUAUUGACAUGGAAGCUUAUGAAAAGGCAAAGAAGGAGUCGCAGAUUGCCUCCCAAGGUAAAUCUGCUGGGAAAGAAGAUUUAUUGGCUUUAGAUAUUCAUGCUAUAACAUACUUGCAAGACUCUCAUAUACCAGUUACUGAUGAUUCUCCAAAAUACGAUUAUGUGGCUUCAAGCCAGGAUAAAGAAUCUACAUAUGACUUUAAUACAUGUACUGCAACUAUAUUAGCUCUACGUAGAAAUAAAGAGUUUGUUCAUGAAGUUUUCUCAGGGCAAGAAUGUGGAAUCAUAUUAGACAAAACAAGUUUUUAUGCAGAACAAGGAGGUCAAAUCUAUGAUGAGGGUUACAUGGUUAAAGUUGAUGAUGAUACUACAGAAUUUACUGUGAAUAAUGUACAGGUAAAAGCUGGCUAUGUUUUGCACACAGGAAAAGUGGAAGGUACUCUUAAGGUUGGUGAUACUUUGUCUUUACAUAUUGAUACUGUGAGAAGGAGACUUGUAAUGAACAAUCACACUGGUACACAUAUUCUUAACAAUGUCUUAAGGAAAGUUCUUGGAAGUGAUUCAGAUCAAAGAGGUUCUCUUGUUAUGCCAGAUCGUCUAAGGUUCGAUUUUACUAAUAAAGGUCCUAUGACUAUUCAACAGAUCAAGGACACAGAAAAUCAAAUAAAAGAGAUUAUUAAUUCUAAUAAAAUAGUUUAUGCUAAGUUGACGAACUUAGCUGAAGCAAAAAAGAUAAACGGCCUGCGAGCAAUGUUUGAUGAACACUAUCCUGAUCCAGUUCGUGUUGUCUCAGUUGGAGUACCUGUGGAAGAAUUAGAAAAAAAUCCAGACGCAGCAACUGGCUAUGCCACCUCAGUCGAAUUUUGUGGUGGGUCUCAUUUACAUCACACAGGGCAUAUUGGAGAUUAUGUAAUUGUUAGUGAAGAAGGUAUUGCAAAAGGUAUUCGAAGAAUUGUGGCUCUUACUGGUCCAGAAGCCCAAAAGGCAAUUAAUAAACAAAAUAUAUUGGAGAAUGAAGUCAACAAUCUUGCUAAUUUAAUAAAAGAACAAGGUAAUAAUAUUAUUCAAAAAGAUAUUUUGAAGAAUAUAAUUGAUUUGACAAAUGAUAUAUCACAAGCCCAGAUUUCUUAUUGGAAAAAAGACGAAUUCCGAACGACGCUUAACAAUUUAAAGAAAAAACUUAGUGACAAGGAAAGGGCUGCAAAAGCGGCCGUAGUCAAUGAAGUUAUAGAAAAAGCAAAAGAUUUGUGCAUACAACAAAAAAAUUCGGACGUUAUUGUUGCAGAAUUGAAAGCAUUUGGAAACACAAAGGCAUUAGAUAGCGCCUUGAAACAAGUUAAACAGCUGUGUCCAAACACAGCUGCUAUGUUCUUUUCAGUUGAUAAUGAAACAAAAAAAAUUUACUGCUUAGCAGCAGUACCAAAAAAUAUUAUCGAAAAAGGCUUGUUAGCGUCUGAUUGGGUUAACUCACUUACGAAUGUUAUGGGUGGAAGAGGCGGGGGGAAACCAGAAUCUGCUCAAGCUUCAGGAUGCAAUUAUAACUCUCUAGAUGAAGCUAUGAAAAAGGCACAAGAAUUUGCGAAAAGUAAAUUGUCAUAAGGUAUCAAAAUAUGACAAAAAAGAAGUCAUGGUUAUGAUAAUAAUAUUUAAGUAACUUUUUGCAUGUUAUGAAUCUGUGUUUUUUCAAUUACAAAACGAAAAUGUAUUUCUCAUAUUUUUAUGUAUAAAUUAAAUAUCCUGUUACUGGAAAUAAAUGCUUAAGUUCGAAUAUUGUGUUUAUUGAGCAACGUAUUAAGUAUAGGAUAGAUGUCGUAAUAGGAGACUAAAGAACUUUCGCAGAGAAAAGAAAACUUUAAUAUUGAUUCAUUAAAAAAGGAGAAACAGGUCGUAAGUUAGCUGAUAAGUAUGGUGUAGGUACUUCCACGAUAAGUGAUAUUAAGAAUACCCUUUCAAUUUUGUUGUACACCUGCAAAUUAGAUAGUGAAGACGGGAGUAUUCAUCGGAAAAUGAUGAAGAAACCGAAAAAUUAACUUUUAGAAGACGCUUUGUAUUGCUGGUUUUUACAAAUACGAUCAACUGGGCAACCGAUGUCUGGUCCUUUGCUGUGUGAAAAAGCAUUACAGUUAAAUAAAAAAAUAGGGGGCGAUGAAUCUUCUGUGGCAAGUAACGGAUGGUUAUACAGAUUUAAAACUCGUCAUGGAAUUCGAGAAUUGGAAAUACAAGGUGAAAAAAUGUCAGCUAAUCUAGAUGCAGCCAACUCAAAAUGAUUUCAAGAAGAAUUUGGACGAAAAUAACUUGGUAGAUUUUGUUAAUAAUGCUGAUGAAACCGGAUUAAACUGGUAGUCAUUGCCUUUAAAAUCUUUAGCUUCUAGGCGAGAGAAUUCAGCUCCAGGAUAUACUAGCAAAGAGCGAGUAACAAUAUUAGUUUGCGCUAACGCUACCGGGUCCCAUAAAAUACCUUUGCUUCUCAUCGGAAAAUCAAAAGAACCCAGAAGUUUUAAAAAUAUCAGGGUACCCAAUUUUCUUCAUACUUUCGAUUAUCCGGAUUUUCGAUUAUCCGAAUGCCUUUCAACAACAAAUAGUCCGGUUAAUCGAGUUUCUACUGUAUAUAAUUAAUUAUCUAACACAAUAUUUCUCGCUCCGAAUAUAUAUUAAUUAAGAAUCGUCUUGCUCGAAGAGCAGUAUUCCAGCAGGACUCGUUUAUUCGUUAUUUUUCUAAAACUAAUACACGCACCAAAAUUUGUUUCGGGAACAUUUACAGCUAAUUGGUCACUAAUUAUAUGUUUCUCAUAUCUAUCUAGGAGUUACUUUUUUGUUGGGGUAAAUGCACACAAAAAAGGAAAAUAGCUAUUCUAUUCUAAGUAUAAUUUAAUAUUGUGAAGUUGACGUUGUUGAAGAAAAUGCUGCAGUGCAGUUUGUUACCGCUUCUUCUGCACUGAUGCCUUGGAAGCGGCAGUAAACUUAGUUUUUAAGUAAUUUAUUUGACGUCAACCAAUGUUGUUAAACCAUACAAUUAUUAAGCGAUAAAAUAGUAUCCUAUAAUAAUGAAUAAAAAUUUUGAAUUUGAAUUAUAGAGUACCAUUAAAUUAACAUGAACGAUCAAAGAUUUAAUUAAUUAUAUAUUUUACAGACAGUCAACAUACAUAGUGUUAUCUUUUAUAAUUAUUUGGUUAAUAGUUAAGUGCGUUACGAAGUAAACCAUUAGGAUCACAGAAUUGGGAUAUCCGGUAUCAUGGAAAAUUUCUUCGGCCGCAUCGCUCGUAUGUAAUUUACAUAUAGGCGUAUUUACCUACAUGCGUGUAAACCCAGGUACUUUAAUUUCAUAUCUAUAUUAUUUACAAAAUGACAGACGCCCCCGCCAACAUCGGCCGCUUGGCACCACAUAUAUCUAAAGCGCAAGCCCUUUGGAGAUGAUGUACAUACAUACAUAUCAUCACGUCUAUAUCCCUUACGGAGAUGAUGUAUUGAAAUAAUUUUUUUUUUUGGUUUACAUUCUCAUUGCCAAAGUAUUUAUUUAUUUUAGUUAUCUGUUACAGCGUGUUAUUAUAGGCUUAUUCCAAAAAAACAUUGUUUAAGUACUUAUACCUAAGUAUGUAAAAUAUCUAUACCUCGUUUGUGAAUUUCGCCAAAGAACAGUUAAACAUGUCGAAGAAUUUCUUUAUGUAAUUCAGCAUGUAUCUUAAUUAGAAUGUAAUGUAGCACAUAAAUAAAAACAAAAUAUAGUGAUUUCUAAAAUAUAAUUUAAAGCCUCGUCUACAAUACAUUACUAACGUCUCAGAAACAGUUAAAUAACAAUAGGUAGAUAUAAUUCUUAAAUGAUUGCAUAUUCUAAAAUAUCUACAUAAUAUAUAGAUAGUAUAUUUACUUCACUGUAUUCGUGAUCAUUGGUAUCUGAAUUUAGGAACACGCGUGGUGUAUUGCCGCACAAGUGUGAGGAAACUGUACGUGACGCGCAGAGAAAAGGCACUAGAAGACACAACAGACAUCAGCGCCCCACUUGUAACACCGCAGUAUUCGAAGUUUGAAUAAUAUGGUGUACAGGUAGCGUCUCUGCUGCCAGCGUCGUAAAUGCGGAAUGGUGUGUGUUUUUAAACACGCAAUAAUUAAUUCAGUUAUAAAAAGUAUUGCCAAGUUCACAUUUCAAUUUCCAAAUCAGAGUUGGUUCCUUAGUGAUAAAUCGAAUUUAGGAUUGUAAAAUUUGUUAUUAAUUUUCUUUCGCGUAUCUCUUUUGCUGAUGUUGCGGCUCGGGAUUCUCGAACAAAGUUAAGGUUCGUUAGGCUAUUUUGUGACCAUUCAUAUGAGAACAUUUUUCCAAUUGCGAUUUGCCCUAAUCACAAAUUCUAUUAUUAUUAUUGUGAAUUCGGCUUAUCGUGCAUGGGCGCAACUCUGAAUUGGAUCCACGAGUAAUUAUGGGACCAAAUGCAAUUUAGACCAAUCGCUCCUAUACGGAUAGGCAACCAUGAGCGCUAAAUCUGAAUGCUCCCAACUCAGUAUGAUAGGAAAAAAAAAGAGCAUAGCAUUUAUGCACCCGGCUACAGUCGCUACUCGCUUUGCCACAUUACGGAACGGAAUGUUUGAGACAAAAAAACCCAUGUUUUCAUUAAAUUUCAUCCAUGUUGUUAUAAGAGGCUUGAACCCUGAUAAAAAGCUAGGUAUAACAAAAAAAUACCUCACUAACCAAUACGUGCAGGAUAUAUUUGUAAGUAUGAGCUCCGGUAAUACAAAAAUAUAUUUUAAUAUAAUGAUUUAUUUACAUUGUAUAAUAGCUCUGUUCCCUCACCGUAGUAUCAUUGAUUGUGUUACUAUGAUAGAAUUUUAAAAUUUGCCACGAUUCGUUUUCACAUAUCUUGACGUGGCGUUUAUUGAAAUAUGUCAAUAUCUACUGCCGGCCAAGUCAACUGGUCAAAUCAUAAUACCACAAUAAUUGGUUUCAGGCGGACAUGAUGUAUGAUAUUUAUAUAAUAAUUGUUAGAGACCGAUAUCUUUUUGAUUUGAGAAUUUAAAUUGCGAAGUUGAGAAAAAUUUAGGUGUUUACUUUAACCACUUACGACCGUUUAGAUAUUAUUAGAUUAUGAGCGCCAUAUGAUUUAUAGUUAACUAGUUAAAAGGUUUGUUUAUCAAACUGAUGACUCCAUAGCAUAUGAAGCAUAUGGAAUACGAUAAAAGAACAGAAAAUAAUGUUUCAGAAUACAGUAACAACUUCGGAUAUAAUAUACAUAUAUUUAUCAGAUGAAAACAGAGUUGUGUAUACAAUAAUUUAUUUAAAUGAAUGUUUUGAUCAUUGGUCUACUCGUAUUUAUUGAUGGUCAGCAGUAACUAAUUGAAAAAUAACUGAAUUGGCAAUAAACUGCUCGAACUACUUUUUAGUUUUGUAGUUUCAAAACAAAAUAUUUUAAAAUUAUUGUGUCAUUGAAGUAUUGUAUUUCAUCUAUAGGUUACCAAUUAAGUACCAAAAAAGAAUAUUGCCAGGUGAGAUGUUUUUGAAUCUUAUUUAUGUCUUAUUCAUUUUCUAUCCGAUUUAAAAUAUAUUUUUAUUUUUAAUAUUAGUUUUUUAUAUGCAGAAAAUAAAUAUUUUUCUUGGAACAUGAAAUGAAACGAUAAAGCCGUUUUUCAUUUUAUGAAAUUUAUCACAUGUCAAGUGAAUGUCGCAAAUUGAUUGCAAAUUUGAUUAAAACAAAUGGUACAUAGCUAUUCUAUAUAAAAAUACUCUUAUUGUUGUACCUACAUACGUAAAACAGUUUAACGACCAUCAGCUAUAUUCCCGUUGCGUAACAUUUUAUAAACCCAUAAUUAUAUGGGAACUAUAUUUUCUAUCACCAAAAUUUAUAUUUGUCAUCAAGUUGUAUCACCUAAUAAAUAGAUAUAUCGCCACGAAAUAUUUUCGUUCUCAGAUAAACAAAAAUUGUUCCCAGGUAUGAAUUAUCAAAUUAAUGUUAAUAUAUGUGUAAAAUAAGAGAUCGAUAACCAAUAAAAUUAUAUUGAAUUACAUGAAUAUAAACUUCGUUCUUAUAAUAACAGUUUUGUUACUUAAAUAAUAGCUCUGUGCUCAGAAUGGUAGAUCUGUCACCAAAUAAAUCGAUUAUCGAUCCCUGACUGCGACUCCUUUUUAUUUGAUAUUUUGUCACCAAUACAGUAGUAACAUUUUAUUUCGUUCAGAUAUUAAAUUAAUAGUAUUCGUUACCAAUUUAAUACAUCAAUUUAUAA